ACCCGCGCUAAGCCCAAAAUGGUAGGGCCUUAGCUCCUCCCGCCUUCGACGAAACUGAUAACUCUCUCCACCACACCUCGACACAAAGAAGCUCACAACAAUGCCCCCUCCUGUUGGCAGAUACGGGCCUUCGGGCCUCGGCGCUCCUUAUUCCCUCCAACAGGCACAUCUCCAAUCUCAACACCCCCACGCUCAAUCCGCGAACUCGGCUCUCCCGCCCCCUUCACUCGGCGGCCACCCUGGGUUCGCCGGUAACCCCAACACCAACAUCAAUCCUUUCACACUCGCUGGCGCAGGCGUCUCCAAUGGCAUGUCAGUAGCCGGAUUUACGGGGGCUGAUGGUGGCGGUACGGGACUCGCGAGUCAUGCGGCGCAGCUGGGGUUCGCGCGGGGAGCACAGAUGCAACAGCAGCAACUACACCAGGGUCACGACGGACGCUUAGCGCUGGACUCGAAGGCGGGUGCAGUGAAAUCACGGAUUCGCGACGUGUGGAAGCACAAUCUGGCUCACGAAAUGGCGGUAUUAAGAUCGCUAGUGGAUAAGUACCCAUACAUUAGCAUGGAUACGGAGUUCCCUGGCAUCGUUGCUCGACCGAUCGGCUCCUUCUCGACCAAAGCAGACUACCACUACCAAACCCUCCGGUGUAAUGUCGACCUGUUGAAGAUGAUCCAGUUAGGGAUUACACUGUUCAAUGAAGAUGGGGAAGUUGCUCCAGCUAUAUCCACCGACGCGAACGGUCAAGCAUACGGCAACUCAAUGGUCCCAGCUCCAUGCACAUGGCAGUUCAACUUCCGCUUUUCGCUAGAGGGAGAUAUGUACGCGCAGGACUCGACAACGAUGCUCGCCAAGUCUGGCAUUGACUUCAGUCAACACGAGAAGAAUGGAAUUGAUCCGUUUGAGUUCGGGUCAUUGCUGAUCAGCUCAGGCCUGGUGCUGUUGGAUGAUGUCCACUGGGUGUCAUUCCAUUCUGGAUACGACUUCGGCUACCUGAUGAAGAUAAUGCUCUGCUCACCCUUGCCCGAACGCGAGGAGGAAUUCCACGACCUCCUCAACAUCUUCUUCCCCUCCUUAUACGACAUUAAGUACCUGAUGAAACAUGCUGGUCGCAAUCAAGCUGUCAACGACUCACCUCUCACACCGGCUGCUAUCCAGAUCCUCACAAAUUUGGGCCAAAAAUCCGGUUUGCAAGAUAUCGCGGACGAGCUUGGUGUCAAGCGUGUCGGAAUCGCUCAUCAAGCAGGCUCCGAUUCUUUGGUAACGGGUGAGAUCUACUGGAAGAUGCGCCAGAUGGUGUUCAACGGUACAAUCGACGACAGCAAGUACUCCGGCCAGAUUUGGGGUCUUAAUGGACAUAUGCCUGCGAUGACCUACAAUAUGGCUCAGCAAACUCCCAACCUCAACGGGGCCACAAUCUACUCCGGAGCCGGCACCCCUAGCACCCCCAACACUGCACACCUCGCAAUGGGCGCUAACACACCGCAACACCCUGGCUCUGGCUAUCAUACUCCCAGCGGGAUGACAGGCAAGGCAUGAGGUAGUAACAAUGUGGACUAGGUUUUCAAUGAUAUGAUAUGAAUGCAUGUACAUAAGCACGGGGCUCUUGUGCUGGUUUCUUCGAUCUUCAGCAUUGUCCUUCUGGCCUGUCGCGUUGCAUGGGUUCCAUUUACUGCGGUCUCUAUGUCUCUGGUGGCGGUGUUUCGGAUAGGAGGGUGUAUGGUGUUUGUAGUUUUUUGAUUUGGCUGGUAUCAGAAUCCAUGUGAGAGGCGUUCGGGCUCUCGUGGUCCUUUUGCCACUUUUCU